CGCGACCCGCGGAAGUCGUCGAUGCAGUCAUUGGCCCCGUCGAUGAGCGGCGCCGGGGACGGCCAGAAACGGACCCUCCUGGUUGUGUACAUCCACGGCUUCAUGGGCAGCAACACGUCGUUCCGCUCAUUCCCGGCCCAUGUGCACCACUUUCUCAAGCAGCUCCUCGCAGAGACCCACGUCAUCCACACCAAGAUCUACCCCCGCUACAAGACUUAUAAGUCCAUUCAUGUGGCCCGUGACAACUUUAGCAAAUGGUUGGCGCCCCAUGAAUCCGCAAGCACCGACAUCGUCCUGGUAGGACACUCGAUGGGCGGUUUGCUGGCCGCCGACGUGGUCUUGCUGCCAAACCGGUCUCCUUACAAUACUUCGUUUCCCUUCCGCCACCGGAUCCUGGGCACCAUCUCCCUUGACGCGCCACUGCUGGGGCUUCAUCCAGGCAUCGUUGUUUCCGGCAUCGCCAGCCUCUUCCGGCCGGCACCCCCAUCGCCCAUGGCGGAAGUAAACAACCAGACCGAGUGUGUCGAGCCCGGGCAACCGCACACUCUCUCACCGGAUCCGUCAGUCUCCUUCGAGGCCCCGUCUCCUGCCCCUGAACCAUGCCCGUCCAGUUCAGCGGUAAGCGCUGCGAGCACCGAGCCCACUGACCCUUUCUACGAUCCCCCCUUUUUCAACGACGUCGCCUUUGUAGAUCGCGGCUGGCUAAAGAACGUUCUGCACUUCGUAAACAAACACAAGGAAGAGAACGUGUUCCGCGCAGCCACGAACCAUAUCUUGUCCCACCUUGAAUUCGGAGCUUGUCUCUCCGACUACCCCGGCUUGCGAUCCAGGUACAACCAGCUAAGGAAGCUGGAAGACGUCAACGAAUGGAGUUCAACUCAGUCAGAUGAGGACUUGAGCCCAGCAACUCCAAGGAUAUCUGUCGAGGAUUGCAGCGACGGGCCUCAGGAGCGCACCCACGUUGUCGCGUCUAUACCAGAGCCAGAGCAUACGGGGUUGCUUUUGGCACGACAACCCGCAGAAAAGUCCCCAGAUACGGAACCGAGAGCCGCCGGUGACGAGGGCCUCAACAGCCCAACAGCGUCAGAGCCCAAUCUCGCCGAAAUCCCCGAGGUCCCUCCCCCGCCAUCUGCCCCCGACUUGGACACCAUCGCCGACAAAGAAUCUCGGAAACAAGCCAAGAAAGCCUUCGAGAUUGCCCGAAAAGCUCAUGCUCAAGCCCUCAAAGCCCGCGAAAAAGCCAUGAAAGCGUACCAGAAGAAGCUCGCCAAGCAGCUGCAGGAGCGCCACACCCCUUCCUCCGACCCGCCGCCCGCGCCAGGGCGGCCCGAACCCAAAGAAGAACAAGACGAACAACAACCCUCCGGGUCGUCGAGAACAGGGAAGCCUCCCCGCCUCCGCAAAUUCUGCCGCCUCCCGCGUGGCACUGCCGCCGCCGUCGUCGGCACUGACGUGGUGGGGCAGGGGGACCCGACCUGGGUGCCGGUGCUCGUGGAGGGCGUCGACGAGGUGGGCGCGCACUGCGGCCUGUUCGCGCCCGGCGGCGCGCACUACGAGCGGCUGGUGGGGGACGUCGGGGAGCGGAUUGCCCGGUGGGUCGGCGAGGACAUGUCGCGGCGGGUGGUGCUGGGU